CAGAUUUCAAGAUGGCGACCCGAAAUGAGUUUUUGCCAGCUGCUCUCUUCAAAUUUGAUAAUUUAGAAGAAUAUGUACAGAAACAUUUAAAGAAUGUAUAUGGAUGUUUGGGUAUUGGGAUGUUAACUGCAGCUGUAGGAGCCUAUGUUCAUCUCUUUACUAAUCUAAUGCAGGCUGGAUUAUUAACAGCUAUUGGUUCAAUAGGAUUGAUGAUAUGGCUGGCCUCUAUUCAUCACAGUAAAGAAACAGUAGGAAAGAGAAUGGCAAUUUUUAGUGGCUUUACUUUCCUCUCAGGAAUAUCUCUGGGCCCAUUGUUAGAUAUGGCAAUGACGAUUGACCCCAGCAUCAUUCCAUCAGCCCUUCUUGGUACAGCUGUAAUCUUUAUUAGUUUUACUCUGGCUGCCCUCUACAAUAACAACAGAACCUUCCUCUACCUUGGAGGUUUUAUUUUGUCUGGUUUAUCUUUCUUGAUGGUAUCAUCUCUAGCUAAUCUUUUCUUCAGAUCCCAGAUGUUAUAUGACUUGAAUCUAUACGGUGGACUGAUCAUAUUCUGUGCCUUCGUUCUGUACGACACUCAACUUAUCAUAGAAAAAAGAAGGAUGGGAGAUGAAGACUUUGUAUGGCAUGCUGUAGACUUGUUUAUUGACUUCAUUCAGAUCUUCAGAAGACUUCUUAUUAUUCUUUCCAAAAAGGAAGAAGACAAGAAGCGACGAAGGAAUUAAGACAAGGGGAGAUAAUUUCAGUCUAUAUCUGGCGCUAAAUUUGAUUUAACAUAUUAAUCUUUGAUUGGCUCAAAUGAUAAUUUUUGUGUCUUGUUAAAAUUUUAAUCUUUUUGAUUAAUAAAUUUUUUUUUGAAACUAAAAUUUAAGAACUUUUUUGAAAGGGUUCGAUUUUUGGAAUGAACAUCUAAUAAGCUUGUUAAAGUAUUUCGAGUGAUAAAUGUUUUGGUCUAAAUUGAAGUAAGAAAAGAUGGGUAAAUUUGAAAUUAUUCAGUAUAAUGGUUAAUAUGAAAAUAAUGAUAUUGUAUUUUUUGUUUCAAUGGGAUAAUGUUGGCGUCCAUUUUGUUUUUAUGUUGUUAUUUAUAUAUUCCAGCUUGUUCUGCUACUCUAUCAGUUUGAAUAGAUAUAGACUAGUAUUUAGUUGCUAAAACAAUAUCCUGCUAUAUAUAAAAUAUAACUCUAAUAGUCAAUAUUGAAAAUAUAGAGAAAUAGCUUUGUCAUGUAGACAGAAAAAUGCAUCUGUUGAAUAAGUUUUAACAUAUUUUGGAUACAUGUAGUUUGGGUUGAUAUUCUAACAAUUUGAGUAUUUUAACUCUUUGACCAACCAAGGUGUAACUUUUAACAGAAAAACACCUAAAAAGAUGCUACAUUUGACAUAAUGCAUUGAGUAUGAAUAAAACAGUAACUGUAGUUUCUAAUAUAUAGACCAAUAUAGAUUAAUAAAUCCAACUUUUUUUGUUGAUAAUUUGCAUGAAGAUGUGAUGUUGUUAAGUUAAUAAAACUAAUUGCUGAAUUCACUAUUACUUAUUUGAGGGCUUUGGACAUUUUUGAGGACCUUAUUUAAAAAAUUACACCUGAAUUAAUAGAGCUAUGUUUUAACUGUAGGGAAAAUGGUGUAAUUGUUAAUAAUUUACUCAGUUGAAGACAGGUUUCUGACUGUCUUGAGGGCCUUAUUCACAAUAUUAAGCUAGAGUUAAUACAGCAUUGUUUUAACAGUAGGAAAUUCAUCAGUUGGUUGGUCGGUAUCUGACUGUCUUGAGGACCUAAUUCCUAAAAUUAAACUUGAAUUUAUAGAGUGAUGUUUUAACAGUUUGAAAAGUUAUUCUUAUUGGUUUGAUUCAAUCAGAUUUGUAAUAGUAAUAUUAUUUUCACCAUUACACAACACGUAUUGUACAUGUGUUUUGUCUUUUACAGUAUUCAAUAAAACUUCACAAUAAGAUUCUAAUCCUU